GAAGCAGCCAUACAUACGGAUUGGUCUUCCGUCUGAAUUCUGAAUAUGAAAUUGUAGGGAGCUACACAGCUUGAAGCAGCAAAUUCUCUAGAACCUGGAAGUCUCAGACAGCAACAUACGUAACGUUAUUUGUGACUAAGCUUGCUGAAGCAAAAACGUUCAGAUUCAACCCUUACACUUCAACUUCAGGCUUCCAGUUUGAUUACAAGGCUUACGCCUGUGAACCUCAACCCUCAGCAAAAUGGGUAAAAGUAAACCAGUCCUGUCUAUCUCAUCCAAGGCUAUUGAUCCCGCCUUGGAUGCUCUAUUCUCCCAGAGCGCUGGACCUAUCAAGACCCCACCAAAAACGCGCUACACGGAGCUGCUUCAAAAGAAAGACAGGACAGUCUCACAAGAAGAAGAAGACGAAGAGGAAGACGAGGAUGCUUCCGAGGAUGAAGAAUUGGAAAGCUCCCAGGAUGGAUCUGAAGACGAAUCUGAAGGAGUUUCGGAUGUUGGCACCACAGAGGAUGUUGAGACCGCAUCAUCUGGCGACAAUGAAUCCGAAGCCGAAGACGCCAAUGACGAUGUAAGCGUGGACGAUGAGGCUGAAGCCGCAGAAGUGAUGGAAAAGGCCAUUUCGCAAGGGACGGCUCGGGAUGAGGGCAGGAAGCGGAAGCGGAAGCAGCAAGAUGACGAGGACCUUGAGGCCAAUUUUCUAGAGCGCUUAGCAAGCGACGACGAGCCAUCUGGAAAGCGUCGCAAGGCAGACACAACAGGAGAGGCUGCAGCGACGAACGGCGUGGACGACAUCGCCAUGGAAGAGGAGGACGUCGGCGAGAAGGAAGAUGAGGAGUCAUCUGGCGACGAAGUGCCUACCCACGAGGCACUCACGGCUGAGCCCAUCGAAUCCGAGUUGGAGAAGGCGAACCGUACCGUAUUCCUCAGCAAUGUCUCCAUUGAGGCAGUGACCUCGCGCAAGGCCAAGAAGACCUUGCUAAACCAUAUGGCGUCUGUUCUCGACAAGAAGGCAGCCCCGCCUCAAAAGGUGGAGUCCAUCCGGUUCCGUUCGAUAGCCUUUGCGACAGCAGCUAUACCGAAAAAAGCGGCAUACAUCAAGAAAUCGGUCAUGGAGGCAACUACUAAGUCCGCCAACGCCUACGUCGUCUAUAGCACCCCCGCGGCGGCACGGCUCGCAGUGACGCAACUCAAUGGCACCGUUGUGCUAGAUCGACACAUCAGGGUGGACAGCGUGGCCCAUCCGGCGCCUGUUGACCAUCGGCGUUGCGUAUUCGUUGGCAACCUAGGCUUCGUUGACGACGAGAGCGUAUACAACACCAAACUGGACGAGGAGGGCAAAGAAGUCACCGAAAAGCGCAAGAGGACCAAGACCCCCAUGGAUGUCGAAGAAGGGCUAUGGCGGGUCUUCGGCGAAAAGGCCGGCAAAGUCGAGAGCGUCCGCGUGGUACGAGAUCCCGCCACGCGCGUCGGGAAGGGCUUCGCCUAUGUCCAGUUCUAUGACGGAAACGCCGUUGAAUCAGCCAUUCUCCUGAACGGCAAGAAGUUUCCCCCCAUGCUCCCCCGUGAGCUGCGCGUGAGUCGCUGCAAAGCGCCCCACAAGACAGUCCGCGCGAUGGAAGCCCGCCGGGAAAGAGCCGCCAUGGCGCCUUCGUCCGACGGCAAGGCCGGCAAACGUCACAGCAAGAAGGGCGCCGACGGGGCUGAGACAGGGAAGUACGUCCCGAAGCCGACAGCCGAGAUCCAAACCCUUGCCGGCCGCGCAAGCAAACUACUAGGCCGAUUCGGCGCGGAGAAGCUGGUUAGCAAACUUCCUGGGCAGGACAAGAAGUUCAGGAACCGAGAUAGGAGAGAGCGGGGGAUGAAGAGGAGCGACGCUGGCGCUGGCGACGCCGCAGGCGAGAAGAGGCCCAAUGGGUUCAAAGGGCCGGAGCAGUUUGUUUUUGAGGGUCGGCGAGCUAGCGUAAGGGAUGGCAAGCCCAAGGAUCUAAAGUUCAAGACGAAGGGCAAGGGGAAGGGAAAGGACAAGGUGCAUAAAAUGAAGAAGGCCGGGAAGGCUGGAAAAUGAGGUUGAAGGCUGUCAGUAACGGCUCGGGUUGGCUGUUGGUGGCGGUUGAGCCUUUGGUUGGUUGCAGGUAUCUACAAGAGUCACGACAGCUGUCGGCCAGGCUUAUGAUAAGAUGCCUACAGCGAGCAUAGGGGAAUGCGUGACGGCGAUAAUGUACCUUAGGUACGCGGGAAGGAAGCUUGCGGAGUGUGCCGUUCGACUUCCUCGAGACUUAUUCCUUCCGCCUCUGGCUACCGUAUACAGCAUGGGAUUGGGUGGAAUAACCCGGUCCACGCUCUUGAGAAGGGCAUGCCCUCUGCCUAGCCGCUUUGAAGACGUGUAGCAUACUAGGUGAUAACCUUCAGGUUUCUGGAAAGUGAG